CUUAAAGGGCCCGCUCCCAUUAACGAUGCUGGCCGCCGCUGUGCCGCGGGCGCUGUCCCGUUUAACCCGGCGCUGCCCCGCGGGGAUCGCGCGACCCCGGCCCGCCUGGCACGGAGAGACCCGACGGCAGCGGGGCGGCAGCGGGACGGGGUCUGCCGGGCGGCGGUGGGUUCAACAGGGCGCCGGGCUCACGCUGGGAUUCCUCGGAGCUUUCUCCUUGUCUCCCAGGGACGACGAGCAGGACGGCGGGGAGGACGCCAUUAUUGUCCUGCUGAAGAAAGCCAAGCUCAGCGUCAUGAAGGGCGAACUGAGUGAGGCCGAGCGGCUGCUGCACCGAGCGCUGCACCUGGCGCACCAGGCCGACAACAGGAGAGCCAUCAUCUACACGUACAGCACGAUGGCAAACGUGGCCUUCAUGCAGGGACAGCUGGACAACGCAGAAAAGCUCUACAAAGCAACGAUGAGCUACUUGCUUGCAGGAGACACGAAGGAGGAUGACAAUGCAAUCCUUGAGAUGUCCCUCAAGCUGGCCAGUAUCUAUGCUGCUCAGAAACAGCAUAAAUUAGCCCUGGCUGGCUUUGAGUUCUGCAUCCUGACCUUAGAGGAGAAGAUCGCCAAGCAAAAGGACUUGCCUGAGGAUGUCUUGUCAGCUGAAGAAAAAGCCAACACUCGUCUCUUGCUGGGGAUGAGCCUGGACUCCUACGCUCGCUAUUUGCAAGACAUCAACCAGCUCCCAGUGGCCCAGAAAAUGUAUGAGAAGGCUCUGCAGAUAUCAAGUGACGUUCAGGGAGAGACUCAUCCACAGACUGUGGUCCUCAUGAAUGACUUGGCAACUGUAUUGGAUGCUCAAGGACACUAUGAUGAGGCAUACUCUCGUGUGAAGAGGGCAGCUGAACUGGCAAAGGUGACACAACACCCUGAGGAACACAUGGUGCUGAAUAACCUGGCAGCAAUUCUGAUGCACAAAAAAGACUAUCUGCAAGCAAAACAAGUGUAUAAAGAAGCUCUGAAACAGGCAGAACAGAAGGGAGAUGCUGAUUCUGUCCGGCACAUUCAGGAAGAAUUAGCUGAACUGGCCAAGAGGAGAAAAGGCUCCAAGUGAGUUUGGCCAAAGAGUCCAACAGCAGCAAUGGUGGGUGAAUACAAGCAGUCUGGGACUAGUUUGGUACAAUUCUCCAGAGGAGCAGCAACUUGGAACUUAAGGACGGCUUAAUAAGAAGGGCUGUUAUUGCCUAACUGUUAAGCCCAAAAUAAAGUUCUGAAAUCUUAACAGUA